AAUAAAGCUACUUUACACACGAUGCUGCGUCUCGUGCACCAUCUCCUACUGACUUCGCUGAACUGUAGCCACAGCACGAUUGCUGGGCCGGCCGGCCCCGACGGCCCGAAGUCUCUGUAUGCUUAUGAUGUCACCUUUCUUUGGUCGUCAAGCUAUACAGACAGGCCAUAUGUCCUUAUCUUGUCUUGCCCUGAACACAUCACACCGUUACCCUUCCGCGCAGUCCGACUACCCUGCGCCACCUCUCAUCCAUCAGUGGAGCAUCACUCGAUGACUGAAUGUGCCUAUGAACGUGCCCCUCCUCAUGGAUGCCUAUUUGACGUUUCUUACUACAGUAUUUGCUCACCACGGGCUUUCUUGCAUCGUUAUCGUUAUGGACUGCUUUUAUCCGGGAGGCUUUUCGGCCUCGUUGGUCAACGCUGUAGGACGCUUAUUGUGCAAGCUUCCGCCGUUUUACUCUAAGACCAUCUUUCAGUGGUGGGUCAAGUACACAAGCGCCGUACCUGACACAUGCUGUAUACCCAAUGUAACCUCAUAGGUCAAAUGUACGCAAACAUGUCUCACUCCCUGUUCGCCCCCGG